AUGUGCUCGCCCUACUGGAAACCCGCGACCGGCACCAUGACUCGCAAACCGUUCGAAUGGCCCCAGUUCCCCGACGCCGUCCGCUUCGACUUUGACUUGCCUGCACCUCUUCAUCAGGAUGUCCCAGCGGCUGUCGUGCUCGUUGCCGCCACAGCCGAACCUCAGCAGCAGCCAGCUCAGGCCCAAGCUGGAGCCGCCGCCGGCACCGUUGGCGCGUCGUCGUCGCGUGCGGAUCAUUGCGGUGAGGCGACGAGUGCGAGUGCGAAUGCGGAGGCGAGUGCGUUCAUGCAGGACGUAGCACCUUCACCUGCACGACCUGCGACUUCGACCUCGACCUCUUCAUCUGCUUCAAAACGCCUCGCUGAUCGAUUCGUUUCGACGGCCAAGUACUACACCCCCGACCUUAUGGAUCGCCUGUUGCAAGGGGAGCCCGUCGCGUUGCCCCCGGUGCGACAACAGCGCCGCCAGUCGUCGCUGCGCAAGUCGUCAACGUCAAUGCAUUCGACCAACAACAAGCGAAAGCGUGCAUCCAGUGCAGCAUCGUCAUCGACCUCGCGGGUCAAGCUCGAGCCCGGCGCGGCCGAGGACGGCGGUGGGGCGUCAGUUGCAGCGCCCGACGACACGACAACGGCCAUGACGACGGUCAAGAGCGAGCGCGCAGCCAAAUCGAGACGAACAGGGGGAUCCUCGAUUGGCUGGGCCUACAUCAUCGAACGUGAGGACGACAAGGACUACCUCGAUUGCGGCCUCUACUACGAACCCGCGAUCCAAAACCGCGAAGAACAUAGGGCGCGCCGGGUGCGCAAGGCGCGGAUCAAGUACACCGCCGAGGACUUGGACUAUUUGUCGAUCGAUGCGGAGACGGAACUCAACUGGGCGCCGAGAAACUAUGGCUGGUUCCUGCUCGAAGAGGAGAGGGACUUCCGCUUGCCGUUUAACAUCAUGCGCGACCAUUACGGUGCCGAGCGCAAGGCGCACCCCGAGCUCAACUCGAUCCGCAUUCGCGAGCUGACGCCGACACCUCCUCCAACACCGACCCCUGAACCGGUUGAGGAGGAACCUGAGGAGGAGGAGGAAGAAGAAGAAGAAGAGGAGGAGGACGAGGAGGAAGAGGAGGAGGAGAUUGAGGAAGAACCCGAACCUGAGCCGGAGCCGACGCCGGAGCCAGAGGACCCCGAGGUCAUUCAAGCGAGAUUUGAAGCGAGCCGCAAGCCUGAGCGUUUCCGUUACCUGUACAAAAGUUAGUUAUGGGCCGGUUGCUAUUGUCUGCGGAUGCGUCUGAUCUCGUCGUUUUGAAUCGAUCCUCAGAUGUCUACGUCAAUCGAAGGCCGUGGAAAGCCGACUCGGUCAUGAUCUGCGAGUGCGAGCCGCCGGAGGACCCCGAGGAGUACGGCUGCGGGACCGAGUGUAUCAACCGGUGAGCACUACAGAGCAGCCAACAUCCUGUGUGAUGGCACUUAGGGCCAACUUGAUUUUUCUUUGAACCUCAGAAUGAUGCAGUACAUCUGCGACACGAAAACAUGCCCUUGCGGUGACCGGUGCAGCAAUGUGCCGCUCAAGCGCCGGCAAGGCAUUCCCGAGGGCAAAGACGGCCUGCUAGUGGUCUGGGUGCGCGCAUUUGCUCGUUUGGGUCUUAAUUUCGUGGAGGAGGUCCUAACCUGACUUUUGACACAGACUGGUGACCGGGGCUUUGGACUCAAGACUCUCGUCGACAUUGCGCGAGGGCAGUUCAUCAUGGAGUAUCGAGGAGAGGUAAGGUUCGCGCGUGUGCGCGUGGGGUAGAUCGUGCAGGGCGGCGGUCGCGGGACUCGCAACGUGCUGACACGAAAGAUGCACUUGCCGACAGAUCAUCUCGCGCGAUGAAUCUUAUAAACGUGUGCUCACGACGUACAAGGACGCAAAGAGCUACUACUUCCUGGACUAUGACGGCUAUGAUGUCAUUGAUGCGGUAUGUCACGUCGCACUGCAUUGGUGCGCCGCUUCCGUCUGAGCCGUGGCUGACGAUGCCGGUUCAUUGCCGCUUGCAGGGUAUGCGAGGGAACGCGUCGCGCUUCAUCAACCAUUCGUACGUCUCUGGAAUAUUCCCAUCUUCCCUCAUUUAUGUUAGUAUCUCCGAAAGCUGACCGAGCCCCUGUUGUGGGAUAUUCUCAGAUGUGGACCCAAUGUCAAAGUCGUCCGAUGGAAGAUGGCCGGUUAUGAGGAAUACGAGGUCAGGGGGCCAUGCCUUACGCGACCAUUCUGGACAAACGCUUAACGAUUUUUUAACUCUCACAGAUCGGCAUGUAUGCGAUGCAAGAUAUUCCCGCUGGGACCGAGCUCACAUGUAAGCCUGGCACUCGCCUCCCUCCGUCACGCGUGCUGCUCAGCUCACGCGCCGGAGCUCCUUGCGCUAUCACAGACAAUUACGGAUGGCAAGACUUCAGCGAUAUCAAGUCCAAUCCCAAUGUUGUUGCCCUUGCUACGGCAGCGGCUGCAGCUGAAACGGCUUUGGCCGCGCCUGCUGCCGCAACUGCCGAGACGACGUCAACCACCCCGGCUGCGACCCCUGCUGCCGAAAGUGCCGACGAAUCCGGCUCUGAUCUGGCUAGUUCGCUCCUUGGUCCCGUGGCUUCAACCUCGUCUCAUUCUUCGGCUUCGACAUCCAAGGCUGUGCUGCCGAAUGGGGAGUCGAUCGUGCAGCCCAACGGGGAAUCGAUCGCUGCCACGACCCCGUCUGAGGGCGUGACACCCGCCGUCGUCACUGCCACUAGCGCGCCAGCUCGACAACCUUGCUUCUGCGGCGCACUCCAAUGCUCCGGAAUCCUCGGAGGCAAGAAAAAGUCGCUUGUCAGCAUUCUGUUGAGCGGAUCCUCCUCUUCUGCACCCAACUCGAAAUCGAACGGCAAGGCCGGCGAUAAGAGUCGAUCGAAGGGCAAGAAGGACUCGGCCGCGACGGCGAUCGCCGCCGAGGACCGUGCAUCACCCGCUGGUAACCCCGCCCUUUCGGCGGCGCAAGCCUAUUCAGCGGCAUACAAUAGUUUCCUCAUCGAGAAGGUCAUCGAAGCGCCGACCAAAGGCAGCUUCGAGCUCAUCUUCAGUGCGGCCGAGCUCGCCGAACGCGAGCGACGAUUGCAGCGCAAGCAGGAGCGCGAGCAGAUGCGCCUCGAUCGCGAGCUCAAAGCGAGCGCCAGGGACUCGGAGAACGUGUCAUCGAUACUGCUAUCGCGCGUCAACAUCAACCACCCAGAACCGACAGAGGACGGAGAGGAGGUUACACGGCAGGCAGAGGAUGUCGAAAUGCGGAAUGUCGAGGAGGCAGACGCCGUUCCUGAGCCGAUCAGCACGACCCCUAUAACGACUCCUCGACCCGAGUCGUUGCCACCGCUCCACCCCACGUGUCCGACCCCACCGCCACAGCGGAAUGGAGCGAAUAAUGAGAUGAGGCUGUCGUCCGUUGCCGAAUCGUAUUUUUCGGGCCAGGAAUCCGACUGGACGAACCCAUCCAACUUUCGUUCACGUUCUCACAGCGGCUCGAUGGGCCCUUCCGUCGGGGGUACCCCUCCACCGGUGCAAGCCCCUUCGACGACCUCGAACGCCGGACAUUCGCCUUGCGUGACGCGUAAAGGUGGAGGCAGUCGACCAGGAGGAGGAGGAGGAAAUAAGAGCAAGCAUUCGGAGAAGAGAGGUCGGGGUCGACCGCGCGGGACGGGCAAGUUGCAGCUCGCAGCGAAGAAAGCCGAGCGCGAACAACAAAAGGCGGACAAGUUGGCGAGGAAAGCCGCGAGGGAGGAGAAGGCCGCCAUGAAAGCCCAACAGCAGUACGAUCACCAUCAUACGUUGGCGGCAUCCACUUCUUCGACGAGAUUGACCUCGACGGGUGUGAACGCAGUUGUACAUGCGGGUCCGAGUUAUGCGGGUCCGAUGGUGACGCCGCAAGCGCAGUAG